UCCUCGUUAUUCCGCACCACUCUUUCAAGUGAAAGCCGAGUCUCUCUCUUCGUUGCAGAGAAGGAGGCGGGCUGUAGGACGGAGCAGCCAGCCAACGUCGGGGCUGAAUAAUUGAUCUCUCUCUCUAUCGGCCAGGAGGACGCUAGCGGGACGUUCCUCUCUCCAUCCCUCCGUACGAUUCAGUCGCUCCUUCCCAUCACUGUGCGAACGGCAACAGCUUCACCCUUCGCAACCAUCACCACCCCCCACAACCUCUACUCCUCCUCUUCCUCUCUACGUGAGUGUGUGUGUGCGCGCGUGCGUGUGGUGUGAGAGUGAGUGAGGAGUGUGUGUGUGUGUGUGUGUGUGCAGGAAGACGAAGCGGCAGGCAGGAGGAGGCACCAAGGACGUCCUUUUUCCAGCCCCGGGAGCCGGAGAUGCAAGGGACGAGCAGUUAGAUUAGGCUAUGUUACUGUUGCCUGCUGCAGGAUAACUUGUUUCCGAAGGCUGCUGCAGCUGAAGCUCCGAUCUCCGAUUCUUCUGUGGUGUGUGAGUGUGUGAGGAGGAUUUCUGCCAGUCGCCGGACGGAGAUCUGGCAACAAAGGACUUCCACUUUUCCGUCACUACUGAAUGUAACAUCGCUCGAAUAAGGAAGGCAGGGAAUUAAAAGCCAUCAUCAUGAAUUUCGUUAUGAAACAAGCGUUGGGAGGGGCCACCAAAGACAUGGGCAAGAUGCUUGGUGGGGAGGAGGAGAAGGACCCCGAUGCUCAGAAAAAGGAAGAAGAAAGGCAAGAAGCACUGAGGCAACAGGAAGAGGAGAGGAAGGCCAAAUAUGCAAAAAUGGAGGCAGAAAGAGAAAACAUCCGACAGGGCAUCAGGGAUAAGUAUGGCAUCAAGAAGAAGGAGGAGAAGGAAGCCGAGGCAGCGGCUGCUAUGGAGCAGGCCUCCGAGGGCAGCCUCACCCGUCCGAAGAAGGCGGUUCCCACUGGCUGCGGUGAUGAGGAGGAAGAGGAGAGCAUCGUGGAUACGGUCAUGAAAUUCAUCCCAACCCCACUCAUGGAUAUGUUCAAUAAAAAGUAACAGUAGCUUGAGUGAAAUCUGAUUCUCCUUACAACGCUCAUCUAACCAAGACUAACGCUGUACCUUUUGUCACCCUCCCCCCCACUCUCUAAUCCCCUCUACCAUUCUUCUAAGUGUUCUGGAAAUGAGUAGCGUGCCAUGACUUUGCCCUUCAUGUAAGAUGUUAGAUCUCUGAUGGGGAUAUGUACUUUUGACUCUCUCAUAUGGGAGCAUCUUUCUUGAUAACCUGUGAUUAUAAUCCCAUUUUGAAAGUGUGUACCGCUGACACAGAUCUUGUCUUUACUUCAAGACAAACCUCAUGCCACCUUUCAAAUGUUGAGCACUUAGAAGAAGACUUAACAUCACCCAUCAUCCACCCUUUUUGUUUGUAAAUAGCCUCAAGUUAUUAAAAAAGGGAACUAUUAUAGGAGUGAAAUGUGACAUAUAACAAGAUAAGAGUAUAAGCCAUAUUUUUAAUGUUUGAAAAAUUAUCCAAAUCAUAUCAAAAUUUGAUUGAAUUUUCCUGUUAUGUUCUUGCUAAUAUUUGAUACAUACAGUGUAUAUAAAUACUUUCAUUUUUAUUAGUUUCUCGUAGUGAGGAUUCACCCCAUAAACUGUACCUCAUGUUCUCAUUGGUUUAUUGUGAAUGUGUAAAAUGAGCAUUGGUCCAAACAUCACCUGUAACACCAGAAAGUUAACGAAUUUAUUGAUCUUUUUUCUUUUCUUUUUUUUUUUUUGCUUUGUUUUGUUUACUUUCUUCUAAGCAUGCAGUUAACUUUUGUGAAGUGAAGCACACAUAUGACACCACUUCAUUUGUUAUGAUGAAGAUAAAUACACUAAUAUUUGAGGCAAUAACUGGUUCUCCAUUUUUAUUUGAAUCACACCUAGCCCACCAUGUACAGCAAUCAAUAAUUGACAUUGUGUCUCAAAUGUUCUUCCAUGGGGAACAAUAUAAACGUUCUCCAUACAUGAAGUUUGUCUCAGAGCAGUUAAAUGAAAUUCUUACUAUAAAUUCACUUGCUCUUCAAGUUUGUGGUUUGAGCAUUUAGUUUCUAUGUUGCUUGCUCUGCUUUUGCAGUAGGGUGAGUACAUUUCAGACCAGGGAGGUUCAUUUUGACUUUUGUUGACAUUUCCAUAAUUUUUUAAAAAAAAAAAAUUG